UAGCAGUAGCACAAUGAUAAUACAUAGGAAUUGGUGUUAAGUUGGCAGCAAUAUAAGAACAGGAUGGGUUUAAUUAAAGUGUCAUCAUUGGGCGAUAGACGACGGUUAGUGCUAAGAUUAAGAAAGUAAGGGCAGCAAACUAAACAACCGUCGCGAACACCCGCGUCUUGAGCUUCCAUUCAAUUUCGUAAAUCCGUUCCGAACCUUUCUCCACCCUCCCCACAGGCCAAAGCCACAGUGACACAAAUAGAUGAGGUUAUUAAAUGCCUAAUAAUCUGGUCUUCACACGGGAGCUGCUUGGGAAUUGGCUGCAGCUGGAUGCCUGGACCAUUCUCCAAUGAUUUGUUGAAUUGAACAAACUGGAUAAGUCAUCCUUCAAACUUACCGUUGCUAUCUUCCUCCAAUAUAGGCUUGUCCUUCCUUCAGGAAGAAAGUCCAUUUCAUGGAUGAUGGUCCUGCAAAAUUAAAUAUCAUUCCUGAUCACUUUCAAGUUCCAACAUCGAGUCAAGUAUCUCCUGAAAACACAUCAUCGUCUAUUACAGAACCUCAAACUGAUCAAUCCUCGAGGUCCCCACACCAUUUGCGGACCCGAAGGAAAUUAAAGACGGCUUUGAUGUUGAGCUUGUUUUCUCCGAGGCGGCUCUCAUGGGUUUCCAGUAAUGAAGGUCAGGAGAAGGUAGAGCUAACUGUUGCAGAAGUAGAGUCACUUCGAUCUGAACUUACUGUUAUAGAGGAGAGGGAAGCUCAUUUGAAAGCUCGAGUGGAACAUGUUGAUGAAGUUUUGCGGUCAGCACGUCUAUCUGGCUACUUAUACAUCCGAACUAGAUGGGAAGCCCUACCAGGCGAACCUCCACCUAUAGAUGAUACAGAAGUAGAUGAUUGGCUUCCUCGCUUUGUUGUUCUCCACGGAGAAUGUAUAUUCUUAUAUUUGUUGUGUACAGAUCUAAGUCCUCAGGACUCAACCCUUCUAUCGGACAUCAUUGAGGUAGGGAGGUUACCAAGUUUCAAACGUGAUGAUGAGAUUCAAUAUGCCUUUUAUAUUUUGACUCAGCUCGGAUUACGUUAUGAGUGCUCAAGCAAUUCUAAAAUACAGGUGGACUGUUGGUUAUCAGCUCUUCAAACUGACUGUAAAUUGGAAUCUGAUACAUCAAUUCCAAAUGUUUGGAUUAAGAUGUAAUAUAACGGAUAGUCAGAUACCUUGUUUGGGCAUAUAACUUGAAUUUAAUGAGCGUAAUUGAUGGCAGUAAAAAUAGAAGAGGCCUUGAAAAUCAUUUAAAAAACAAGGCAAUCUGGUAAGCUACUCUGCUUCCAGAAAAAUGCAGGGCAGAAUGGAGAUUGAUAUUGUUCGCCAACAUUCGGAGACAGUUUAGACCAUAUCUUAUUCUGCUUUAAUUUCCCAAGUUUUAUCACUUUGUGGUUGACUGACACUCGUGCCAAUUCUCAUCUAACGGUAACUGGUGGCCUAAGUCUAGGAGCUAAGGAUGAUCUGACACGGGAACCAAUUUUUCUCGAAAUAUUUAUGUACACGGACAAUGACUUCAACUCAGAGCUUCACCCAAAUAACUUUGUCAAACUGAUGCUUUCUGCUAAAUAAUUAUUUAAGUUGCACACUAUCUCAAAAUAAACCAUAAAAAGUAAAAGUAAAAAUCACCCAUUUUCA